AUGCAUUUUCCCUCCGCCCUCACACUCGUCUCAGGCCUCGCCCUUAUGGCCCUCCCCUCCGUCUCCGCUAUUGAAAAUGCAGCUGCUUUCACUACAUGGUCUGUAGCAGGUUGCGACAAAGGAACGCGCACUGAGUUCCAGAACAUUCCGAGCGAUGUUUGCGGUUUCCUGCCUGGUGUGAGCUUUAAGCUCUGGUUCUUGCAGAACCCGCCGCAGUGUCAAUUCAGGGCAUAUCGCAGUAGUGAUUGCUCAGGCCCGUAUGAUACGUACACUCGCAACGAUAUUAGUGUUUGCAAGGACAUUACGCAGAGGUCUUCUUACAAGGUUGUCUGUUGA